CUUCCAUGUGCAGGGCAUUCGUGAUCAUUAUUUUUCUGAUUGAACCACCAUGACGAGCUGCAGCAUGAGAACAAGUCACUUUCUAAGAAAGCGACGCUUCAAAUUCAUCAACUUGUGAAAACGCAUGUCCUGUCGAAUGGCUCGCGAUGUCAUCGCAGUCAUAUGUUGUAGCUCGAUCACGUUCUUUUCCAUAACUACUAGUAUCUACAUUUUUAGGAGUUAUUUUGUUGUCGUGUUUCUUCACUUUGACUAUAGUAGUUUCCUUGUUUGCGACCAGAUAGAGCAACGCGUGGCCUACUUUUGGACAUGCUCACCUAUUUGAUAGGCGAUUGAUAUCCUUGCUUUCAGUCAUAUGAUGUUGAUGGUUUUUGGUGCUGUGGCAGGCAGCUUGUACUAGUUGCUCGAAGCAUGAUCAUGUGUCACGACUUGAACCAGUAGCGCCGUUUUCGUAUGUUGUAGCUGUUGUUGUUGAAGCAUCAUAUUGGCCUUCGUUUUAUUUCUUCCUCAUUCCGGUUUUUUUUGUAUUUUUUGGCAACCAUCGUCGUAGUAAUUAACGAGCUGCAGCUACUGGCUCGACUGAAAAACUCCUUAUGGUCAUCUUUCACCCACCAUCAAAACAUCCAAACCUCCACCUUGUAGCUGUCAGUACUGAACUCGCACUGUAUAACUCCUCGUCGCUAUUGGCGUCUAAUACAUCUCUCUCAGUCUACUUCUCUUAGAUCAAGAGUUGUCUACAAGAUGAGCAGCAACACGACCCGCGGAGACAAGGCAAGCCGCAUUAUGAAGAAUAGUACUAAUAACACAACUACACUCCAAGUGUUCUCGAUGAGAACAAUACUCCCUGAUGCUAUGCGAUAUUGUUCCUGAGAAGUCAAACAGUUAGACCUUCAAGAAGUGCACGGCGCGCAGGCGCAUCUCGUCUACUUUGUAUAGACUAACUAGUGACUUCACAUAGCACAAGGAUGAGGAUCCUGCUGCUGCUGAUCAUCAGGAAAAUGCUGCUCGGGAGGUGGUGCUGAAGUUGUUGCGAUCAUUGUCUCAUCAUCCGAUGGGCCUACAACUUCCGUCUUUCUACAACUACUGGCAUUGAUUACUUUUGUAGUGUGAUAAAUGUAAGAAGUUAUAUUUUAUUUAUUGUGGUCUUCGCUCUCUCUAAUCACUAGGAGGACAAGGUCACGGCCCUCCAGAGCAGCCCUCCCAAGACAGCCCAGAAAUCUCCGACGAAGAAGAAGCUGACCAAAGCAGAAUUUAGGUCGUCUCAGGACGUCUUUGCUGCUGCGAUGAUCGCGAACAUCAACAAUAACGUGUCCUACAACAAGAACAACGACAGCACCUCCGUCAAGAAGGAACUGGUGGAACAAGAAGAGAACAAUGAUGAGCAACUAGUUCUCAUGAACGACAUGAUGAAGGGUGUCAGCGGCCGCAAGCUGGUCCAGGAACAGAUGUUGACCGUCGCUAAGAAGCCGAAGAAGAAGAACAACAGCAAAAGUGAUCUCCUCCUGGAAAGUGAUGACUUUGAGGGCUACCGUAGUCCCUCGAAGCAUGGCCGUAAUCCCUCGAAGCAUGGCCACUACUACAAUGAGGUCGAUGGUAUCUUGUGCCCGAUGCCGUUCCCGGACCGUCAAAGCGACGUCUGCUUGGAUGGUCUCGCUCGACGCGAGCGCGCCUCGCCAUCCCCGUGUCGCAGCAAGAACAAGACUCGUACUACUGUGAAGAAGCUCGGUCUGCUCGGAGAUGAUGGAGACAACAUCAGUGAGCUGCAGCUCGAUGAUCAAGCGCUGGAUCCUGACCUCUUCGGCAGUACUGGUAAGCGCUAUCAUGGAAUGCGCUUCUCGCCGCCGAAGUCGCUCCGCCACUGCAGCACGUACAAUGCGAUCUCGAAACGCAUUGAUCCGCCUUCGGCGCGUAAACACGCUCCUGCCAGCAGCUCCGGCCACAAUAAGUAUGUCCCUAAGGACCCCGUCGAAAUGCCGGAUACCGCGGCUUUUGAACGCAGUAAGCCGCUGAACAAGAACAAGCGUCCGCAAGCUGCCUCCGUACCAACUUUUUCUUAUAGUGGUUCACGUAACUGGUUAGAGCAGGUGGGUGCCUGUAAUAUUCUAGCACGUUGUGUAAAAGCAAAUGACGUGGAAGAAGCUUUCCUUUUCUGAGCUAAAGAGUAUCUUCGUCCUUUGUCCUGACAACCUCCACUGAGUAACACAUGGUGGCAUCAAGUGAUAUCACCACUACAAACUAGUCCUAGUGCACAUUCUUCCUAGUGCAUCACCCUAUCCCAGCAUCAACAUCAAACACAAACUCAACAUAUUUGAAAUAUACCUUUCUUCAGCCGAUGGACGAGAUGGAGCUGGAUGAUUUUUUCGGAGACGUGGGAGUCAAAGGCAAGAAGUUCAACAAGAAGACCGAUAAGAGCAUUUUGAUGGAUCCGGAACUGCUGGAAUCUUCGAGCGGAGACAGUGGCAAGAAGGUGGAAACUGAAGUCGAGGGAAACGAUGAAAAGAAGGCAGAAACGAACACCAAGUCGACCAAAAUGACGCUCUUUCUGGGCAAGCCUCUGGUCUAUAAGAAGAACGUACUUCUUAUUUAUUUUGUCUUUUUUACUCUUCGAUGAUUUGAAUUAAAAACUUUCUGUUCAUUGCAUGCAUUUCAAAGCAAACCACGACUGCUAGACACUUCUACUCUGUUUACACUCAUAUCACUUUUGGCCAUCUUGUCCUCUACCAGAUUCCGGGCGUGAAUGAUGAUGCAGAGUCGGAAUAUGGAUACUUUCCCUCAGGAGGGGUCGAUACCGAUGAGGACCCAUUGAACUGGGCGGAUCUAGAAGAUUUGAACUUCUCUAAUGAUCCACGUUUCUACGCGUGUGAUCAUAUUACGACGAAAUUCGAACGCUUGCGGCCCCUUUUGAAGGACUACGUACUUUCAUGCCUUUUCUGUAUUAAUCAAUGCUAUUAUACUAGUAGAAGUAGUUUACUAACGAUCCAAUCACGAAAUUCCUUAGAGUUCUACUUUCGCUUUAUGCUUUUCAUUGUUACUUCUUACUUCUUACCUUCGUGCUCCUAUCUGACUUCUGUUUUUAUUCUCUUCUCCAUCUUUUUUACAUAUCCUCUAUAACAGGGAAAGCAGGUGCAAACCAUGAUGGAGACCCACGAAGAUCUCAUGGCGGUGUUUAACGAGAUCAAGAACAAUCAAAUGGCGUUAAAGGCCGGCCUCACGCGUAUGCGUAACCGGUACCAGGCCCAAAAAGAGACGACGCUGCACAUCGUCAAAGAAACGCUGUAA